CUACACAGCAAGUCCAAGGACGUGGUCGUGGAAGAAAUUCAUGGAUAUCACCACCUGGGUGUUUACAAUUUUCUAUUAUGAUGAGGCAUUCAUUAAAGACUAAUCCAGCAGGAUCUGUAGUUUUUAUACAAUACCUAUUAUCAUUGGCUGUCGUUGAAGCUGUUAGAACAAAACAAGGUUAUGAG